AUGAAAUCUAAGUAUAAUCCUUAAGAAAAAAAACUGACGGUAACAAUCAUAAUGAUUAACUAGAAUAUUUCUUAUGAUUUGAAUUCAAAUAACAAACCAAAAUAUUAUAUAUCGAACACAACAUGCCACAAAGAAAACCAAAAGUUUUUUAAUGGCAGCAAUAUGUCACCAUUAGUUGUUGAAUCAUCUACUCCAAGAAAAAGACUUAUAUCUGGCAAACGAACCUAGCAAAAAGCGAAUUGUUCUAAUAAUAACUCAAACAAUAAAAUUUAAAAUAGAUAGAAAAAAUCGUCAUCCAAUUAGAGAACUAAUUUAACUGUUAAGACUGGAUCAUCGAUUGAAGCACUUAAGGAAUUGAUGGGGAAAAGUAACUUGAAAUAGCUAUUACAAAUUAAUACAGAUAAAUUCAAGAAUGCAAAAGAAAUAUCAUUCAUAGAGACAAAAAAGAGUAACUCAAGUGAAUUUGGAUAUGACAAUAGAUUCAAUAAACAUUUCUAAUAAUAUAAUUAAUAUGGUAUUAAAACAACAACAAAUAAGUCAGGAUCAAAAGAUAGAACUACAUUAUAAAAAGUAUUCUCAAAAAUUAUUGAUCAAGAAAAAUCUGUGUCUCCUUCCAAAAAGGUUGAUUGGAGCAAAACUAAGUUGCCUUUAACACCAAAAGAAUGCAUAUAAUAAUUUGGAUAAUAUUUGACGGAUUUUGAGAAAUAAGAAAUUCAUGGAUUUAUUUAGAUUUAUUGCAUAGGAAUGACAUCUAAAAAGAUAGAUCAAAAAUAAUCAAAUUGCAAUGACGGUUUUGAUGAUUCAAAUGGUGAGUAUUUGUUUUCACCUAAUGAUCACAUUGGAUACAGAUAUGAGAUUUUGGAGAUAGUUGGCAAAGGUAGUUUUGGAUAAGCAUUCAAAGUCUUUGAUCAUAAGAGAUAAUAAGUGUAAUGCUUAAAGAUUAUCAGAAACAAAAAGAAGUUUACAAAUUAAGCUUUAGUAGAAUUAAACAUAUUAACAUAUAUCAAGGAGAAGGAUGAGGAUAAUGUUACAAAUAUCGUAAAAAUAAAGGAUUUUGUAAUUUUUAGAAAUCAUGUGUGUAUUUCCUUUGAAUUCUUGUCGAUAAACUUGUAUUAGUUGAUAAAGAACAAUAAUUUUUAAAGUUUAUCCUUGGAGCUCAUAAGGAGAUUUGCAAUUUAAAUUCUAAAUGCAUUGAAUUUUUUAAACAAACAUAAAAUCAUCCAUUGUGACUUAAAACCUGAGAAUAUAUUAUUAAAGUAAGAAAACAAAAGCGGGAUUAAAAUCAUAGACUUUGGCAGUAGUUGUUUCGAAAAUUAAAAGAUCUACUCUUAUAUUCAGUCACGGUAUUAUAGAGCCCCUGAAGUAAUGUUUGGUAUCCCGUAUGAUACGAAUAUCGAUAUGUGGAGUUUUGGAUGUAUUAUGGCAGAACUGUAUUUGGGAUACCCAAUAUUUCCAGGAGAUGAUGAAUAAGAGCAAAUAGCAUAUAUUUUAGAAAUCCUAGGUAUGCCAGAUAAUGAACUCUUAGAAAUCGCCUAAAGAAGAAAAGUUUUCUUUAAUGACUCUCCUCCUUAUUAACCAUUGUGUAUGUAGAAUAAAGGGGCUAAAUUAAAAGUACCUGGAAGCAAAACAUUAUCAGCGGUCUUACAAUGUAAGGAUGACAAUUUUAUUGACUUCUUAAAAUAAUGUUUAGUUUGGAAUCCGAAAAAUAGGAUCAGCCCAAUCAAUGCUCUAAUGCAUGUUUGGAUACUUGAUGGAUUACCUAGUCAAAUUAGAGCUCAGCACGUAUAAUAUUUAGAAAGUUAAUUACAAUGCAUGGAUUCCAAUUAUAAAAAAUAAGAAACUAAUUUCAAACAGGGUUAAUAGGGAUAAUAAAAACUACCUAUCCAUCAUAUCUCAGAACCAGAAAUGAAUUAAGAAAAUAAAAAACCUAAUCAGAUUAGAACCUUUUCAAGAGAUAAAGAGUUAUUGCUUAAUAUUUCAUAGAAUCCUACUCCUAAUAAUAAGAAAAUUUCUCAGUCUUUUCAUUCCAGCAAAAACAGCAAUAAGCAACAAUUGAAUUUUAUUCAAUAAUUCCCUGGGACUACAAAAUAUACUAACAAGAAAACUCAUUAUUUUUAUUGA